AUGCCACUAGCUAAAUACAAAUCCCCAAAAAAAUCAGUUACGACGAUUAUCGACGUUGUUCGACCUUCCUUACCCGCAAUCACAAAUAACACAUUACCUAAUCAUAUUUUAGGCGCAACGGGAAAUCUAGGAACUCAAGUUGUAUGUCAGGCGCUAGAAGCGUCAUAUUAUGUGACUAUCCUAGUUCAAAACGAAAAAAACCUCCAGUUUAAACGACAUCAUUUAAGGAAUCCAAACCUAGUAAUCUUAGUCGGUUCCGUGUUCUCUCGCGACGAUUUAAAUCGAGCGAUUAGGGAUCAAGAUGCUGUAAUAAAUUGUCUUGGAUCUCGAAUGAUGCUGGCUAGUGAUAUUAAGAUAUGUUCUAAAUCUCAAAAAAUCAUUAAUCAAAGUAUGAUGGAGAAUAAAGUUCGUAGAUUAAUUGUCGUCGGCUGUGCUAAAAAUCAAAAAGUUUCGGUAUUUCAAAAGUUUUUUAGCUGGUUUACUAUUAAGGGGAAAAUGUUGGCUGACAAAGAAAUACAAGAAUUAAUUGUUAAACUGGAUACGGAAUUUAUUGAUUGGACAAUAGUUAAGCCUGGAAAAUUAUAUGAUGGUGAGUUAACCAACUACAGAAUCAACGACCCUUUAACUAUGAUGAAAAUUUCAAGAGCUAGCGUCGCUCAUUUUAUUUUAAGAGAAUUGCGUACUGGUAUUUGGUUAAACAAAGCUCCAACUAUUAGUGGUUUUGAAAAAAAGUCAUGA